AAAAAAAAAAAAAAAUCAAAAAUUAUUACAGACAAGUUUAUGCUUAUUGGUCCUAUAAAACAUCAUUGGACGGUUGAUGAUUAUUUUUGAAUUUUUAGUCUAAAAACUCCAGCAAUGUCUAAUCACAAAAUCUCUUUACUAAAGAAAGAAAAACUACUAUCCAACAUCAUAACUAAAUCAACUAACACAAUAGGUCUUGGAUGUAACGAUAUUGAAUUCAGUGCAUUCUCUGGAUACAAGGAGCAAAAAUAAAUUACAAAUGUUCAACACUCAUUAACCAAAGCACGCACCUUUGAUAAUAUGGGUAAAAACCAUGGAAAAUAUGACAUGGACCGUAUUGGUUUGUUUUCAGAGAUGCCAUAUAUGAUUGGUGACAAAUAUCAACAACCUAUUAUGAAAGACAAUGUACGAGAUUUGAAAAAGUCUCAGAUGUAUCCAGGUAUUUUAAAAACUAAAACAGGCCUUCAAGAUGCCUAUUUUGAUCCAAAAUUUAAGAGGUUGUUUGAAAAUGAAAAGUGGCAACCACAAUCAGGAAUGUCUAAUAAUAAUAAUGGAAAAAAGGAAACAAAAAUUAGUACACAGCCCUUUAUACCUUCAGGUCCUGCAAAACACCAUUCAACUGCUGGUGAUUAUUUCGGAACAUUUGGUCCUAAACUCCCAGCAAUGUCUAAUGAAAAAAAUCCUUCACCAAAGAAAGAAAAAUUGCCACCAAACAUGAUAACUAAACCAACUAACACAAGAGGACCGGGAUAUGCUGAUAUUGGAUUUAGUCCAUUCCCUGAAUACAAGUCAAGUCCAUAUAACGACGUGAAAGAACAUAAUAAAAAAGAUAAGUUGAACAAAACUUCACCAUUUUUAAUGGGUGGUCCAGGACAAUUCUUUGAAAAAAAUCCUUAUUUUAAUAAUGACCAAAAGCCAACGUACAAUAUGAUUUCAAAAACCAAUUUUAAAGGUACACCAUUUGUACCAUCUUCAACAAUAAAAAAUUUUGGAAAUGGUUUUGAGAAGUGGCCCAGUCAUUCCAAUGAUCGUUACAUCGAUCCGUUUAGAAUAGGAUUUAAGGACAAAAAAGACAAAAAAAAUGAUAAUUCAAUUAUCACAUUCUAUCCACAAACUAGAAACAAAUCGUUGUACACUACAUCUACUAUUCAGCGGAAAUUAAAAAUUGCAAUGAACAAUCAUAAUUGGCGUACAUACGAUACUAUUACAUACCCUAUAGAAACAAUUAAAAAAUAAUUAGCAAUUUUCAGAUAAAAUUAUAAGUUAUUUAUUUUAAGCUAUAAAUCAUUUAAUACUUGACUGUUUCAACUAGUAUGGAUAUUAUUAUGGAUAUUUUAGAGGGUAUUAAAUCAAGAAAAAAUAAUAAAAUAAAUAUAAAAGUAAAUAAGUUGCGCCAUCUAGUAGCGAAAUUAAAAAGUACGAUGUAUUUAAGACUCCACUACGUUUCCACAACAGUUAAAUCUUAUACAUUUUUACUUUAUACUAACUAACGCAACCGAAAAUGGAAAAAUUGUAAAAUACUUUGUUCAGGCAAUUUUUUUUUCAAUAUUAAUUAGAUUGGAAAAU